UUGACAAAAAACCUAAUAUUUAUUGCUUUUUUAUCUCUUUGGGAACAUUUUUUGUCAGUUUCCGGCAGAAGCAGAAACUAGCCAGUUUAAGAAAUGUUAACACUUUUAUCUUUAAAUGUACAAGAUGGCCGCACAUCCCCCUUAAUAUGCAAAAGCGUAAAUAACCAGCUUCAAGAGAAAAUGGCAUCAAAAUAAGAAGCUUUAUAUAUAAUGUAAUACGGUAUGACGUAAAAAAUUACAUUGGAUAUUUCUUAUAUAUAUAUAUUAUUAUAUUAUUUAUAUAAUUGGAUAUUUCUAGUUUUAAAAGUUAUAAAACAUUUUCAAUUGUGCGCAAGAGUGCUUGAUUGUUUACAGGUUUCUCAAUGGCGGUAGUAUUCAGGAGUGGUCAAAUCUACGCAAACUGAGAGUGCUGAGUGGUUAAGUGUUUGUAAAGAAGACCGGGAAGUGCUGGGGACUUACCGAGAAGUAUAUAAAUUUACUGUCACAGCUAUCUCCAAUCAGUCCACAUACAGUCGAUAGAAUGGAUGACACGGAAACGAACUCCUCUGGCAUAAACCUCAACAAAACCAAGGUUUGGGAAUCUGCCGUUCCUCCUGGCUUACAGUUUGCCUUGGGCGUGGUAGGAAAUUUGAUUGCUCUUGUGGUUCUGGUCACAUCGGCCAAAUCUCACAAGUGGAAACCUUUCUACAGGCUAGUUGGAGGUUUAGCUCUCACAGACGGGGGAGGAAUUCUUCUGGUCUACCCAACAGUUAUGGUUAGAUAUGCCACGGACUUUACAUACGACUUUCCAAAACCUCUUUGUGACUACAGUUCUUUUAUAUAUACAUUUACUUUGAUUUCUUCGGCGAUGAUUGUGUGUGCAAUGUCCCUUGACCGAUUUUGGGCGAUUUUAUAUCCGUUUAAAUACAACACUAACACGAAAAAUAGGCGAACAAACAUAAUGUUGAUUUCGAUCUGGAUCGCUGGAGCAUUCAUAUCAUCUCUUCAGCUUAUGGGACUUGGUUCUAGUUUUAACUAUUAUCCUGGCUCCUGGUGCUUUCUGAAUUUCGUUGGUAUAACAACAAUGGACAGGCUCAGCUCUUACAUUUACUCGUUGUUUGGUCUAUCCAUUCUGUUGACGACUAUUGGGCUAAACUCCAUAGUGAUACUGACUGUGUGCAGAGGUAUGAAUUCAGACAUCAGACAGCAGCAGACUGCAAGACGUAGAAAGAAGAACGACAUCUUCAUCGUGAUAUUUUUGAUGAUAAUUGUUACUGUUUUUGGUGUGUGUUGGACACCACUCAUGGUCACGAUACUUGGUCACGCUGGAAGAUGGAUACAUGGUAAUGGAGCCCGAGAACUGCUGGUGCUAAGAUUUGCAGUGACCAAUUCCAUCAUAGAUCCAUGGAUUUAUAUCCUUCUUAGGAAGGAAACCUUCAUAGCCAUGAAGAGACACAGCAGGGGUCUCUGUAAAACCCUAUUUGACAGACUGGAUAUUCCCACAGAGUCGGGUAUUCCAGAAUCCACUCCUAACGAAGUCAGUGGCUGCGGCAAAAGUAUGGAAAAGACCAUUUCCACAGACGACCAGAUCUCGUCGACUGUUUUGCAUAAACUUUAGGUUGUUGCUAAAUGUAUUUUUUUUGUCGAUAUGUUAAGCUAAUCCCUAGACAAUCAUAUUGAUAAAAUGUAUUGUGUUUUUCAGUGACAAAAACACCCAAUUGUUAACUUCAGAUUUAUGUGUUCAUUUGUAAAGUAUGUUUACGCACAUAAAUUGAAUUUAAAAUCAUCGCGCCAUGGUAUAACUUGGUAGUUUUAUUAGAUGAUUGAUGCAUCUAUGUGAAAUUUAAAGAGUGUAACCCUAUUCAGGGGUCCUUUCACAUAAAUGAUAGAUCGUGUUCUUGUAAUACCCGCAUAGCGGAAACCCCGAAAAGAAUAUGUGUUCAUCUCCCGUGAUUUUUGUUUGUAUGAAAUGGCAUUGUUAAUAAUAUUUAUAAAUGGAUUGUGAAAUUCUCUGUUUAUUUGUCAUCUCAAUUUUGUUAUUUGUUGAAACAUUUUGCAAUAAAUAUGUAAAAACAAU